AUUUAAGACGAACAUUGAGAAUUCCCGUACAAAAUCUCUCUCGCAUCAAAUGACGUGUUGGUUUCUAAGGAGAUUUGAAAACGGAGACUGCCAAGCCGACCCGCAGUCGGGCUUAGAAAUGAGAGCACCGACCGCAUUCCGACCCGCAGUGGGGCUGUCCGGACGCCUCCCUCCUCCUCCUCCUGCUCCUCCUCAUCAUCAUCAGCAUCAUCAUCAUCAUCAUCAUCAUUUAUGUCAUCGUCACCGUCAUGCCCCGGUCUGCGUUCGCAGCUCCAGCUGUGCCGCUUCGCCACCACGCGAGGAAAAAGUUGUUGAAGUAGAGAGCGCGGGCGAGCGGUCCUACUGGUCGAGGCGAAUCCGCGCGCUCUGCUCCGCGGCCGACCCCGACGAGGCUCUCCGCCUCCUCGACUGCCUCCGUCUCCGCGGCUACCGCCCCGACGGCCCCGACCUCGCCGCCGUCCUCCGAGCCCUCUGCUCCCUCGGCCGCUCCGCCGAGGCCCACCGCCGCCUCCUCCUCCACCUCCACCUCCACCUCCGCCACCUCGAACCGCAUCGCCAGCCCCUCGCUCGUCGGCGCGUCUCCGCUCAGCGCGCGCUCCUUCUCCUUCGCCUCCCCCGCCGCCCGCUCCGGCAGCACUCCACGCACCCCCUGCCCCUCCUCGUCGGCGUCCUCUCGAAAGCAGCAGCAGCAGCAGCAGCAGACUUCCCCCGUCCCCUCCCCCUCCACGCCCACCGCCUCCUCCUCGAGAUGCGCUCCAGGGGCCGCCCCCCCGACGCCGUCUCCUACACCGCCCUCCUCGACGGCUACGCCCGCCGCGGCGACGCCGACGCCGCCCGCCGCCUGCUCGACGAGAUGCCCUCCGCCGGCGUCGCCCCCAAUUCCCUCACCCGCUCCGUCCUCGUCAAGGCCCUCCUCCGCGCCCGCCGUCUCGAGGAGGCCCGGCAGCUGAUGCUCCGCCUCUGGCCGGCGAUGGAGCACCACAAGCAGCAACGGCCAGGCGGCGGAGAAGAACACCCCUCCGCCGCCGCCGCCGCCGCCGCUUUCGCCAACCUCGUCGGCUGCCUGUGCCGAGAAGGACUGUUCCGAGAGGUCUUCCGCAUCGCCGAGGACAUGCCGCAGGGGAGGAGCGUCGCCGAGGAGUUUGCGUACGGGCAGAUGAUCGACUCGCUCUGCCGGGCCGGCCGGCAUCACGGGGCCUCCAGGAUAGUGUACAUAAUGAGGAAGAGGGGCCUCGCCCCGAGCUCGGUAUCUUACAACUGCAUAGUCCACGGCCUGAGCAAGCGCAGGCGAGGCGGCUGCAUGAGGGCCUAUCAGCUGUUGAAGGAAGGAGCCGAAUUCGGUUACUUCCCUCCGGAGCCUACCUACAAAGCCCUCGUCGAGGGGCUCUGCCGGGAGAAGGAUCUCGUCAAGGCCAAGGACGUCCUAGAGCUCGUGUUACGGAGGAGUGACGGGGACGCCGACAGGACUAGGAUUUACAACAUAUUUCUGGCCGCGCUGCGCAUGGUGGACAAUCCUAGCGAGCAGCUAAACGUUGUCGUCACGAUGCUCCGGAAACAAUGCCGCCCCGAUGUAAUCACCCUUAAUACUCUCGUCCAUGGUUUCUGCAAGUUGGGCAGGGUCGGAGAAGCGAAAAAGAUCAUGAGCGACAUGCUCGAGGGAACUUUUUGUGCUCCUGAUGUGGUGACUUUCACUACCCUAAUCCGUGGGCUGUUCGAUGUCGCGGAAGCAGAGGAAGCGCUCCAUCUACUGCAUCGUGUGAUGCCCAAACACCGUUGCGCUCCAAAUACUGUGACUUACAAUGUUGUCAUCAGGGGGUUAUUCAACCUGCAGAAGGCUGACAAAGCGAUGGAUGUUUUCAAUGAGAUGCUGUCCGAGGGUGUUGCUGCCGACUGUGCUACUCACACAGCCAUAGUUGAAGGAUUGUGUGAACGGGGCCGGAUUGAGGAGGUAAAGAAGUUUUGGGAUGAUGUCGUCUGGCCGUCCAAGAUCCAUGAUGAUUACGUCUAUGCUGCGAUAUGCAGAGGUCUUUGUCGCCUGGGUAAAUUGGAUCGGGCCUGUGAUUUCUUGUACGAAUUGGUGGAUUGCGGUGUCUCUCCGGGCAUCGUAAGCUACAACAUACUCAUCGACAGCGCUUGCAAGAUGCGCUCGAAGAAAGAGGCUUAUCAGAUAGUGCAUGAGAUGAGGAAGAAUGGUCUAAAACCAGACGCUGUUACUUGGAGGAUUUUGGAUAAGUUGCACGAGGAGGAGAGCAUGCAGCACAUUAUCCGUGAUGAAAGCUCCGAAUCUAUAGCGAAUAUAGAGGAGAGAGUGAUGCCCAUAGAGUUCGAGGAUAAAAUUUCACCUCUCAGACAAGAAGCCAGCGAACGAGAUAAUGUCGGUGUAGGAAGUCAUGAUGACUCAUUAGAAGGCCUGGUAGAUUUGUCCCUAUCUACCGUGUCAAUUGAGGAGGAUGAGAUCGAUCUAGGCCGUCCAGUUACAAUAGAGACAAAUCUAACUGAAGAGGUUAAAGAGAAACCUUGCAAACACGAGGAAAGAGAACCCCUAUCGAGGAUAGCUAGAAGGGUAUUUGGACUGCUCUGAGGCCACCAGCGACAGCACUUAAAAUUAUAUUAGACAGAAAAUCUAUUGAAUUCUGUAUCCUGUUGAACAUUUUUGCUUCCAUGAGAAGCCUUGGUUAGAUGGUCAUACCAACAGGAAGACUGCAAAUGAGAAAAUGGUGGCGGCAGUGCGGCACACUUAAUAACUUGCAUGCGGGCCGGCCCUGCGCCACAGAACACGAGGCUACAAAGGAAUUUGGAUCUUACUCUUUUGAGCAGAGGAAUGCUGAAAAUCCAGUAAGAAUCAGAGCCCUUCAAACUGAAGGCGUCGAGCAUAAAAAUGUGAAUAUAUUCACUCAUACAAGGCAACUUAAUAGCAGUAGUUGGCCCUAUCUCACAACUUCUCUUGCAACUUUGAGCUCUCUACCAGGACAAACAAGAUCUAUCUCCUUCUGUUGCAAAAUUUGGAUAAUGAUUUUGAGUUUUUAAAUUGGAGACCGACGCAUACCCUUUCUUUCUGCCCUGAAAAUGUAUGGUUAAAUUGGUUAGGUAAGCAGCCAUUAUCUAAUGCUGUUGUUUGCUGGAUGCAUUAUCUUUUGCGAAUAUAUUUUUUUUGUUAUAGUUUGUAAUAUUUUUGUAGUGCAAUCUCGGCAAAAGAUUGAAGGGAUUUUGCAUUUUC